UCAGUUUAACAAUAACAUUAAUCGUCGGUGUACUCUAUACUAGUUAACGUCGUGGAGUGUCCAGUUUUAAAAUAAGUAUAUAUCGUUAUAUCAUUGUAAAAAAGAUAAACAGUGAAAUGGAGGUACUUUCUCGUCAGACAUUGAUAUAUUUUUGUAUGGUAUCAUCGCUAUUUUAUUCUGCAUAUUGUCAAACGUGUGGUCAAACUCCGUGUAAAGAUGGGUACUGUUGCAGUAAAAAGACGGGACAGCCUAAAAAUUGUUGUUGUACAAGUACAGCGACAGGUUUCAGUACUUCAUGUAUCUCUUCCACGUCAACAAGCUUCCCUUGGUGGGGCGCUGUAUUAAUUGUUGCUGUCCUGAUAGGAAUCAUCGCAACCAUUGUGUUUAUAAUCAUAAGGAGACGAAGAAGGACAGUAUCCGGGAACAUAUAAGCGUUUAUGAACAAAACUUCCUGUUUCAAAUAGAUCGAGUUGCUAAACCAUUGACAUAUUAUAUGUGCUUUUAACUUAUUUUUAACGUAUUUAAUAAUUUAGGGAUGUCAUUCGGAGUCCGGAUAUCCGAACGUUCGGAUCACGAUUCGGUGUCCGGAGCCGAUUUUCGGAUCCGGAUGUUUGUAUAAAAUG